UUAACGAGUUCAUCAUUUGAAAAAACUUUUCAUAUUUCAUUUAUAUUCUGUUCAUAUGAUUGGAAUGACGGUGGCACUGUAGUCGUUCUGUAGCAUAAACAAAGUAAGGUUAUGAGCUGAUUGACAGCUUUGACACUUGUAACAUUUGUUCGGCACAUUUGUUUAUGUUUUUGCCGUGCACUAAGACUUUUAUCCAAAAAAAAUCGAUUAAACUGGCUAAGAAAAGGUAUCAAAAUGACGAAUCAAGUUGGUGAUGUAGUUUUGCCGGGAGAUGAAUUAACGCUGCCAUUGCCAGAGCAAUCAAAAAGGAAAGUGUUAUUGGGACCGGGUCUGCGACAACAAGACGGGAAAGUGUUUGCAGCGAAAGCUGGAAUUCUAAAACAGAAGUCAACAAACACAUUCUGGGUGGAUGCAAUACAAAAGCGAUACAUUCCGUGCAAAGGCGAAACAGUGAUUGGAUUGGUGGUGCAAAAAGCUGGCGAUAUAUUUCGUGUGGAAAUUGGUUCAAAUGAACUGGCUGCUCUGUCAUACCUGGCAUUCGAGGGUGCAACGAAGAAAAAUCGUCCGGAUGUGAAUAUCGGUGAUUUGGUGUUUGCAAAAUUACUUGUUGCCCACAAAGACUUUGAAUCCGAACUCAUUUGCGUCGAUUCAAUGGGGAAAAAGCAAAAACUUGGCGUUCUGCGUGAGGGCUUUGUGUUCAAUUGUAGCAUCAAUUUGGCACGACGGUUGCGAAGCACUGAAUGCCCACUAUUGGAAUCGAUUAAAAAACACAUUCAAGUGCCAGUUGAAAUUGUGGUCGGAAUGAAUGGUCGAGUUUGGGUGAAUGCAAGACGAGAACGUGACAUAAUUGCCGUUGGAAAUGCCAUUUUGGCAGCCGAAUUCAAAACAGAUGACGAAAUUGACGAUAUGUGCGACCAAGUUGGUGCUCGUUUCUCCGGCGUUGCCUAAUUUUAUUGCUAGAAACUGAGGUUUUUCGUUUAAUUCUCUGAUUUAUUUGGCGAAUAAUUGUAAUGAAAUAAAAAUUAUAACGUAUUUUUCAAAUGAUUCAAAA